GAGCUAUAGGUUAGUACUAGCAAGCUGGGUUAGUUGCAAUCGAAAACAGGAGAACCAAACAUACUCUUUGUCGUCUGUAAUAUAGAUUGCCUUGAUCAAAUUCAUUUCUAGUGCGAGUCUUCAAUCCUGUUGAUCAAUUUUGUGUGAUUCCAACGACUUCAGGUCUGGCACUUUUUGAUGCAACGUCGGUUUGAAUUGGCCGCUUAUUUGCAGUUCAAACCCAAACUCUUCUUUCUUUCCACUCUGACCCACUUUCCUCACAGCUCACACAAAUGUCGCACAGACUGCAUAGCAUCAAGAUCGCAGUGAUGAUUUGGUCCAAUGGCUCUAAUCUCUAAGGGUGUGCUGCUCUCGCUGGACUUUUUUUGUUCCAUAAACAACACCUGUUACCAUCAGCCCGCCAACCAAAGCCAGGUGCACAACACUUAGGGAGCACAGUACAGCUCACCAAACAUGCUUAUUUCUCACUCAGAAGCUGGGAAACAGAAAAAAUUACUGCCAGGCUUGGUGCUGGUGCUGCUUCUGCUGCUUCUGCUGCUUCUGCUGCUUUUGCUGCUUCUGCUGCUUUUGCCAUCAAAGCACAUCCACAGUAGUGGUAUUUUGAUGCGCAUUUGUGAACCUCAACAUGCAUAUGCCAUAGAGAUAGGCUUUUUGAAGAUUUUUUGGUUUGCGAUGGAAUAUAAAUACACUGUUUUCCCCAGAGAUCUGCCUUUGAUCUGUUUUUAUCAUGUUUAUUCAACUGGUUUCUUGAUUUCUUUAAUGCCUUCAGCCUCUUUAACACCUGCUGCCAUCCCAGAGGUCUCCAUUACUCAAGAUGAUUGCGUUUUCUACAAAAGGGUCUUCAAUCCACCAUUUUUAUUGGUAUUAUACAAAAACCUAUUAAACCAAGAUAUGAUUGCGCCAAGUAAUCAGGAGGAGGAUAUUGGAUUGAGGAAAAAAAGUUUUGAUUUCAUACUCAGUGAGACUUUAAAUCCUGCAUUUACCACCGAUAAAAUUACUAAAACCAGAAAAGCAUUUCGACAUUAUUUCAGCAAGAUUGGUAUAAAUAAUACCAACAAUAACAAUGAUCUUGAGUCGAUUUCUUAUAUCUUGAACCAUAUGCCAUGGUUCCCGAUUGUCAAGUUCCCGUUUUUUCUUGAUGGUUUAUUUGUCGAAGAUAACAAUAUCGCUUUGGAUGACGGGUCAUCUAACUUUCCCUUAUCUUCGAAAUUCAGUUUAGAAUUGAAAGAAAAUUACAAGGAUAAAAAGUUUUCUAAUAAAGAUUAUGAAAAAAUUCACAAUUAUAGUAUUUCUCCAUCUUUAGAUCCCAAACAAGAUGUCAAGUUCAAUGAAAACCAAAGUCAAUAUAAAACCCAAAAUCAAAAUCAUGCUUCAAGUAAUUCAAAUAAUAAAAACUCCAAGAAAAAAAAUGAAAAAGAUUCGUUGGAAUUUUUAAAUAAUUACCUUUACUUUCCUGUAGUAUUUUCCAAAAAUGCUUUGCCCUCUUUUUGUUACCAUUCAUGUGUUUACAUAGAUAAGCAAAUUUAUAUUUUUGGUGGUUUAGUUUCAAAAAUAUCAGACAACAAUUUUUAUUCAAACACAGUUUUACAAGAUAAAUCAAGUUUUGUUUACAAAAAAAUUUAUGGAGAUUUAAUGAACUUGGAAGUCAUUUCAGAUUAUGAUUUGCCGAUUCCUUUGAAUCCAAAUACUAUUUUUAGUCCAUACAUGCAACCAAAUGAUCAGUUGUAUAUAAUCAACUCAUCAACUUAUGCUGUUCAAAAACCAGAACUUCAUGGCGAUAUCCCUCCUCCUUUAAUCUGCUGCUCAACUUGUCAAAUUUCAAACAGGUAUAUUUUUUAUUUUGGUGGCUUUACAAUUAAAUCAGAAUAUUAUAAAAAAAAAUCUCCUAAAUCCAAACAAAUUAUUAAAAAAUCAAUCGUUCUUAAUCCAAAUGGCUGGAUCUUUGAUCUAUUAAUUAAUAAAUUCACAAAAAUCACUCUAAAAGUUCACCCAACUUAUAUUCCGGAAAUCAAUUCAACUGUUACUAACAUUGCAAGAUUUGGUCAUGGUUUAUCUUGUCUUCAAGUUCAAAAUCUAAACCGUAUGCCUAAUGACAGCUCAAUGCUCAUCACUAAAAAAGUCCCAAUAAAAAAUAAAUUCGAUCAAAGUAGUACAUCACUUAACUUUGAGAAAUCUUCAAUUCCAAUAUACGUCAAUGGUGGGUAUACUUUAACCUAUCCUUUAAAUACUUCUUCAAUUUAUCAUAAUUCUCAUAAAUUUACACCCUUGCAAGAUUUUUGGAGAAUAGAUUUGAUUAUAAACAAAAUUGGUAUGGAUGAAACUUUAACAUUUUUUGAUGAGUCAAUUGCUAUUCCUAUAGUUCAAUUACAAGAUACCACUGAUAUCCCUGCUGCAAGAGCCUUCCAUGUUUGCUCCUUAGUUCCAAGUAAAUUCUUUCCAUUAAAGACUAAAUUGCAAAUUGACGAUUUUACUUUAAAUAAAGACCUGGAUUCAACAAAUAACAGCAUCAAUAACAGCAAAAGCAAUAUCAAUUCAUUUUAUGCACCGACUCCGAAAAGGACGACAACAACUGUGUCUUUUUCAGAUUCACUAAAUACCAAAUCUUUAAAACCUGCAUUUUCUCUCAGGCCUGGAAUCCCCAGGAAUGUUGCAACACCAAUAAGAACUUCUACUCCAAUCAAAACCCCAAUUGCUAUGGGCUUCAACACUUUAAUAAACCCCGACACCCCACCAACUACAUCAACUCCAGAUAGGGGCACAGCUUUGUUUUUACCUCAAGCACCUAUAAAGCCUGCAAAUAGUUUUAUUAGUUUUUCAAAUUUGAGUGAAGCAGGAACGCUAAGAAACAAACAAGAUGUUACAAUAAUACAACCAAAUCCUACUGCUUCUUCGCUAUCCUUUGCCAGAUUGCACGAUUUAUCUUUAAUUCUUCAUGGUGGCACUGAUAAUCAUCAAAUAUUUGGUGAUUUUUGGGCUUUCAAUUUUGAUUCAAGAAAAUGGAUUAAAGUCGAUACAUAUGCUAAAACCAAAGACCCAGCGCCAGAUGAGAAUUACAAAAUUGAUGUUAAAAAAGUUGGGCAUAAUGCAUUUUUUUUAUCGCAUUAUUAUAUCAUUCUUUCUGGAGGUAUUCAACUUGAUUUUAAAGAUGAACUUUUACAAAAUAAAAAAAUUGAAGAGUUAAAAAUAUUGAAUCACUUUUUAGAAAGUGGAUAUUGGCCGGUGGAAAGCAUGGAAUCACUGAAAAGUUAUAGCUCUGAUAAACCUGAUCUAUCUGACCCAAUAACUUUCCAAGAUUAUAUGGAGAAUAAAUUGAAAUGCAAGGACAAGAGCCGGAAUCUAACAAAUAAUAGGAUUUUAAUACUAGAUUUAAAAACCAAAGAAUGGAUAUUUAUGAACUAUUUGAAUACUUUUACUGGUGAUGAAGAACUUAAAAAGAAGCUUUUUAGUAAAGAUAAUUUUGAAUUUGCUAGAAAGUCUGAAAGGCUUAGCAGAUCAAUAUAUCAGCAAAAAAAAAUUUCAAUAGAUUUUAUUGAUGAGUAUCUUAAUGAAAAUAAUAAUAAUAGUUUUACAUCAGUAUAUGAUUUUGAUUUGAAUAAAUCAAAAUCCAGGCUAAAUUAUAACUUCAAUUCUAUUCCUAAUCCUAUUUCCAAUUCUAUUUCCAGCUCUAGAGAUAAUUCCAAAUCAAAUUCUAUUAAUUUCAACGCCAAAUCAUUUUUAAAAGGUAAUUCUAAAGGUGCCUCCUUUGAUAAUUUAGAUGUUGAUUCAAUUGAUAGCUCCAAUGAUGGUUUAGUCACAGCGUGUUCUUCAUUGCCAGAACUUGAAUCUAUCCAGUUAAAUAAUCUUUCUAUUGAGAAUAAGAAAGAGCGAUUGAAUAAUAAUUCAGCUUUACAAGAUAAAAUUGUGCGUCAAGCAUCAGCAGUUGGAUCUGGAAUAGUUUUUUGCGGAAAUCAUUUUAUGGUAAUCGGAGGAGUAGUUUCAUUUCACAACUUGGUUUCUACAAGUAGAUGUUUAAAAUCAAGUAUAAAGGAUGUUGAACAAGCGAUUCAAGACGUAAGAACAAUAAUUCAAAAUAAAAGAUAUAAAAAUAAUCAUCAAAAGGUGGAACAAAUCGAUAGAAAAAUGAUAAGACGAAUAAUUCAGAAAUCAAAACAAAAUGAUCAAUAUUACACAAUUCUAGGUUCAGGAGUAGCUGAAAUUGAUUUGCUAUUUUCUGAACCAAGUCUAUAAGGCGAAAAGACCAUAAAAUGCAGGAGAAUUUUACUUAUUACUUAUUCAUUCAGCGAUAUCCUCAUUCCAAAUUUCUGGCUUUUUAUCAAUGAAACUUUUCAUAAUUUUUUUGCACUUUUCAUCAUUCAAGUUGAUCAAUUCAACAUUGUGGGCCUUAACAAACGACUCGGCACCUAUGAAAUUUUCAUUUUCGCCAAUAACAACUCUUUUAAUGCCAUAGAAUACAAUUGUUCCAGAGCACAUUUGACAGGGAGACAACGUUGUGUACAUUGUACAUUUUUUGUAAACAGAAGCAGGUAAUCUACCAGCAUUUUCCAAAGCAGACA